AUGAUGAAGUUCAACGGAAGCAGCAACUGUGCAAACGCAAAGGUCGAUGCUUGGCUCAAGGCCCACUGCCAGGAUUCGAGCACAAACCCGAAUCUCAAACCGAAAAUGCGGAAGCGUUCUUCAAAAAAGAAACACAGAGCACUCCAACAGCAUCAAGAAGCAAGCAAGAAUCUUGAAGGCGCCAAGCAAGAUCUUUCCAACCUAUUCCCCGAUGAUUUAGGGUUUCACUCGUGGAGUAACACCAUCUUUGAGCGCUCCAUGUCGUCUGACAGCAGCAUGACCCAACAAUCCAGCACAUCUUCUGGCCUUGAACUGAGUGGUCUCAUGGAUGCUUUUGGAGAAUUCGUUGAUUACUUCGGAACAUUUCAGAUCUCAAAAAUCUUUGAAGAUGAAGAGCCGUUGGCUUCAUCCAGUCCCCGUCAUCAAUACCGCGGUGACUGGGAAGAGACAUCAGACUUUUCGUGCUCUGGCAGCCGAUUUCCGUCGAGAUCCCAUCGAAGAUCCCUCCUUGUUGAUUUCAUCUGA